CCUAACUCUCCAUCCAAAGCCGUCUCAGAACGAAGCUUCACUUCACAAUCAGCGUUUUCUCUAAAGUCCGUUCAUCUACCUGCAGCAAUGAAGAGGUGUGAAAAUCUCAAGAGCAAGUUGCCUGAUUGUAUUGUAUCUUACAUCUUUUCCAAGUUAAGUAUGAAAGAUUUGGUAAAAACUAGCACAUUGUCGAAACAAUGGCUUCACGAAUGGGGUUUCCGUACAGACCUCAACUUUGAUCUCCAAAACAUGUUUCACUAUAAUACAAUUCAAGAGUUGCCAAAAAACUUUCCACUUCUCCAAUCUCAAUUUGCCACAAUAUUGGAUCAAUUCAUGAUGCAUUACCAAGGUGCCAUGAUCCAUUCAAUCCGAGUAAAUUUUCCAUUAGGUGACCAACAUAGGGAUGUCAUUGACAAAUUGAUUUCCAAAGGAAUUGCUAAGGGUGCCAAACGUAUUGAACUGCUAUUCUCGAACGAAACUAAUUAUACUACUGAUUUUAUUUUUGAAGGGGAGCCAUACAAAUUUCCCUUUACUCUCUUAUCUGACACAUACUCUCUCACACAUCUGCACCUAGAGAAAUGCCUCCUAGUAGCACCAAUGGACUUCUCUGGAUUCAAGAAUUUGAGAACUCUUGUGUUGCAUAUAAUUGAUGUGAGUCAAGAUAUGUUUCGGGGCCUAUUUUCCAACUGCAUCCAUCUUGUAGACUUCACCCUUGAUAACUGUAACUUCAUCUCUGACAUACAAAUAACCAGUUCAACAUUGUUUCAUUUGAACAUUGUUAACUGUGGGAUUAGCAUUCAAGAGAGGAAGAAAAUAGACAUCUCUGCGCCAAAUCUCUCAUCUUUUCAGUAUUCUUCUUGUAUUGAUUGUCAAGUACACCCAAUAAAAAUUGAGGCUCAUAUGUUGUCCAAGUUUAGCUUCACCGGUGGUGAAAUAUUUAGAAUUUUUAAACCAGUUGGAUUUUCUGGAUUAAAAAAUGUGACAACUAUUGUGUUGGAUGGACUUCUUGAAUGUUUAUGUGAAUUCAUCGUGCCUAAGUUGUUUUCUAAAUGUUGCCAACUUGAGGAUGUCACCUUCAAGAAUUGUCGUAUCAUGUAUGAUUUGACUAUUACAAGCCGAAAGCUGCGUCAUUUGAAAAUAAUUGACUGUGGCUAUAAACAUCUCACUCCAGAUGAGAUAACUGUUGUUGCAUUGAAUCUCUCAUCCUUUGAAUAUAGUGGCUACACAAGGGAACUUCAUGUUAAAGCUCCAAGGUUAUUGAAGGUUUUUUGGAAUGCAACUAAGGAAGAGAGAUAUCCACAUCAUCUCUUUGGUGCAAUUCCAAGAUCACGUCAUGUUCAGAAUUUAGCUAUGAUCAUGAUGCCUUCACAGAUAGCGAACUUAACGAAGGUCUUGGUUCAAUUUCAAAACCUUCAACAAUUGGAGUUAUUAAUCGAGGGAGCAUGUGAUCCUAAUAUGGACUACUUUUGGAUUUUAGAUAUUAUAAUGGCUUCUCAGCAUCUCAGAAAACUUUCUCUGACAAUUAGAAAUUCACAUGUGGAUGGAUCUCAUAGGCAAAGAAGAGAACAUGGAAAGUUUUUUCAUAAUUAUUUGAAAUAUGUCGAGUUACGUGGUUGUGUUUGCACCAUGGACGUGAUUGAGUUAGCCAGUCAUCUAUUGAGGAAUGUGAAUUCGCUCAAGCAAAUUACUUUCAGUUCUUGUGACAAAUUCUAUAUAGGUGCCGAAAGAUGGACUAAAACCUCAAAAUAUUGUUGCUAUGAUCGUAACCUUAUUCAUGAGGUGCUUACAGAUGAAGUAGAUGAACAAUGCCAACUUAUAAUUUUGUAGGGUUAUUUAUUUAUU